AAAACCUGUCAUAACAUAUUUGCCAGCUUUCUCAUCAAUUCAUUUACUCUCUCUUCCUUCUCAUCACCGCACCAGCUAUGGCGUCUUCUUCCGACGACGAGGGGGAGGACUACCUCUUCAAGAUCGUCAUAAUCGGCGAUUCCGCGGUGGGCAAAUCCAAUCUGCUGUCCCGCUAUGCCAGAAAUGAGUUCAACUUGCAUUCAAAGGCCACGAUUGGGGUCGAGUUCCAGACGCAGACCCUCGAAAUCGACGGCAAGGAAGUCAAGGCCCAGAUUUGGGACACCGCCGGCCAGGAGAGAUUCCGCGCCGUCACCUCCGCCUACUACCGCGGCUCCUUCGGCGCCCUUGUCGUCUACGACAUCACAAGGAGAUCCACCUUCGACAGUAUUUCCCGAUGGCUCGAUGAACUCAAGACUCAUUCCGACACAACAGUUGCGAAGAUGCUGGUGGGGAACAAACUAGACUUGGACAACAUCAGGGACGUGAGCGUGGAGGAAGGCAAAAGCCUGGCCGAAUCAGAAGGAUUGUUCUUCAUGGAAACCUCGGCACUGGACUCGACAAACGUUAAGAAGGCUUUCGAUUUAGUGAUACGCGAAAUUUACAACAAUGUCAGCAGGAAGGUGUUGCAUUCAGACUCAUACAAAGCAGAGUUAUCAGCCAACAACAGAGUGUCCCUCGUCCGCGACAGCUCUGAUGAACCAAAGCCAAAAGGGGGAUCAUAUACUUGUUGUUAGAGGUGAUUCAAUCAAAAAACCAUGCUUUAGAGCCCAUUUGACAUUCUUGAAUUUGGUUGAUUUUACUCAUCCCUAUACUUGUUUGCUUUGGAAGUGUAAAUUAUACUCUAUUUUGAUUGUGUUAAAGAAAUCACGCAACAGAUUUUUUUGAUCA